CUAACAACUCUCCAUUAAUCUUAUCACUAAAUAAAUAAGUACGAUAAAAAAUGGAUUCAAGAUUCAUCGACACCAUUCCUUCCUUGAGCUAUAAUGAUGAUAUGAGUGAUGAUAAAUAUGCGUUUGUGAGAGCUCUACGUAUGAGUGGUGGAGAUGGAGCCAACAGUUACUCCGCCAAUUCUCUUCUUCAGAGAAGAGUUUUAUCAAUGGCCAAACCAAUAUUGGUAAAGAAUACAGAAGAAAUGAUGAUAAACUUAGGCUUUCCUAAGUACAUCAAAGUUGCUGAAUUGGGUUGUUCUUCGGGACAAAAUACAUUUCUGGCUAUAUCUGAGAUCAUCAACACCGUCAAUGUGUUGUGUCAACAAUUGAACAAAAACCCACCAGAAGUUGACUGCUGUCUGAAUGAUCUCCCGGAAAACGAUUUCAACACGACUUUCAAGUUUGUACCUUUCUUCAACGAGGAGCUCAUGAGCACAAACAAAGCAUCGUAUUUCGUCUAUGGAGCUCCAGGUUCUUUCUACUCAAGGCUCUUCUCUCGCAAUAGCCUCCAUUUUAUACAUUCCUCUUACGCUCUCCAUUGGCUCUCUAAGCUUCCCGAAAAGCUGGAGAAUGAAAAAGGAAGUGUAUACAUCACAAGCUCAAGCCCUCAAAGUGUAUACAAGGCUUACUUGAAUCAGUUCCAAAAAGAUUUCACGAUGUUUCUAAGGUUGCGUUCUGAAGAAGUUGUCUCUAAUGGACGUAUGGUUCUCACCUUCGUCGGUAGAAACACACGUAAUGAUCCAUUGUUUAGAGAUUGUUGUCACUUUUGGACAUUGCUAUCAAAAUCUCUCCGCGACCUAGUCUUCGAGGGUCUAGUAAGUGAAUCAAAAUUGGAUGCAUUCAACAUGCCUUUUUAUGAUCCAAACGAACAAGAACUCAAGGAAGCGAUCCGAAACGAGGGAUCUUUUGAAAUCAAUGACUUGGAGACUCAUGGAUUCGAUCUUGGUCAUAGUAACUGCGACGAUGGCGAAGAAGAUGACGAUGAAGCAGGAUACAAUGAAGCCAACGCUAUAAGAGCGGUUACUGAACCAAUGCUCGUUGCUCACUUUGGAGGAGACAUCAUUGAUAUCUUGUUUGAUAAGUAUGCAUAUCAUGUGACUAAACAUUCGAGCUGCAAAAACAAAACGAGUGUCACUCUUGUCGUUUCGUUGAUUAAGAAAUAA